AUGCCAGGCCUGGGCUUGCCACUGUACAGGGGCUCCAGCACACACCAGGGGCAAGCACUUAUAAGCCCUGUCAAAGAGAGGAUGGGACAGAGCCUCGCUCUUCCUCCUCGUCAGGGACAUAUCGGCUCCGCUGUCACUAGGGUCUCCAGCAACAAACUUGCACCUACGACACUAUGCCACUCAUCUGUCGAAUCAUCAAUGGUCAGUAGCGAUGGAUCUUCUUUCACACAGAAGUCCAGAAAUACUCCGGACUCUCCUGAGACCAUCCAAGCCCAAGCUGAGAAGAUGCAAGCUAUCAUCUCAGAUGCAGCAGCAUCGUGCAUUACCAAUGAUCAAGCCAUUCAGUGCCUCAAGGAGAUCAGAGCAAAUGAACAGAAGGUCCAUGACUAUGUCGAGCAGCUUGUUGAACAAGCUGAGUGGGAGCACGAUCGCAAUCCUAGCCCUGACUUGUCAAACGAGGGAGGAAAAGAGCACAACAAGAAUGGUCCUCAACUAGCGGAGAAUUCAGUCAAUGCACUUGCCUGGGUGAUCAUUAAGCAGAAACUCAUCUCACUUCAGCAAGCAGAUAGGAGCUGUGAGAGUGCUGACUUCUCCUUCAAUGAGCUUUUCAAAGCACUGAGACUAUCCUCGGGCUCGUUUGCCUCGCAGGAUUCUCACUUGGCUGAGACCUUCCAUCUUCGCCAGUUGUAUGUCUCAGAAUGGGUCCCAGUGCCUCAUUCAAUCUGGAAGGAUGUACUCAUGGAUCGAUAUGUUAACUUCGAGAAACUCUUUGCAUCCAUGGAAGCUGGGUACGAUCACGAUGACGAGCCCAAAGACCUCGCUGCAGAUUUCGCAAUUAUCAAGAAAGACCACUCAUCAUCUCAGCAAUCCAUCCACUCAGAGUCAGAUUGGAUCCGUGUCUUUGGUGCUUGGGUUGAAGCUGUUCUGCAUCUCUAUCCUCACUGCUCCUCAGAAUUGGACAAAUAUUGUAUCAUCAUCCUGGAACUGUUCCAUGCCAUGGGUCUCGAUCUGUCUAUCAUGAUUAGAGUGGACUGA